GCAAUUGGAACAUCAUUUUCACCUUAGCCCCGGCCGUAAUCGGAUUGGCUUUGCUUCUUUUUACUGCACGUUUGAACCACUCGGAGCCAGCAGCAGCCGCACUACCUCGGAGACCCGGUCCCUUACGAUCGGCGCGCGCGCGCGGCGCGGCGCCCACCUCCGCGGCGGCGGGACCAUGGCGGCGGCUGCGGGGCCUACUACGAGACUGGCGUACUUCGACGACAUGUGGGCCGUCCACUCCCAAGCUGCCGUCCUCUCCCUCCACCAGGAGGAGGGCGGCCGGCGCGCGGUGGUGCUGGACGCCACCAUCUUCCACCCGCAGGGCGGCGGCCAGCCGGCCGACACCGGGGUCAUCUCCGCCGCCGGAGCCGGAGCCGGCGCCAGGUUCCUCGUGGAGGAUGUGCGCAUGAAGGAUGGGGUGGUUUUCCACUACGGGAGAUUCGAGGAUGCUGCUGGAGAUGGCUGCAGAACAGAGCUCAUCGAAGGGCAGAAUGUUACCUUGGAAAUCGACGUGGAACGGCGCAACCUAAAUUCCAGGCUUCAUUCUGCAGGGCAUUUAUUGGACUUCUGUGUGAGCAAUGCUGGCCUUCACUUCGAACCUGGGAAAGGAUACCAUUUUCCUGAUGGACCUUUCGUUGAGUAUAAAGGAGUUGUUCCACCAGAUCAAUUGCAGGUUAAGAAACAAGAGUUGGAAAAAGUGGCAAAUGAGCUGAUUUCAAAAGGAGAGAAGGUUUUAGUCUCUGUUUUUCCUUAUGAGGAGGCAGCUAAAUUAUGUGGAGGUGCUCUGCCUAGCUACAUUCCAGAAGAUAGCACUCCCCGCAUUGUGAAAUUUGGUGAUCAUCCUGGUUGUCCCUGUGGUGGCACUCAUGUAGCUGAUAUCGCAGACAUCGGCAACCUAAAGGUCACAAAUAUGCGAGUCAAGAAAGGCAUUACCAAAGUCUCCUACAGCAUCAGCCUAUGAUCUUUUCCACACGUCCUUCGCACCAUGGGAUUUCUCAGAGAAGUGAAGGGAUGAUUGUUACUCAGUGAUUCAGAAGGCUUGGCAUUAUCGUUUCAUAGACACUGUUUUAGGGAUCACACAAGACAUGUGCCAUCUGGAGGGACAAAAUAGAUUAUCACGUGUAACAUUUUAUGAUAACUUUGCUUCAUGCUUUUCGUGGUAUUAUUAUUCGAUGCCCGAAAAACUAGUGCUCUUUAACUUCUGUGGGGGUGUAUAACAAAAAUAAAAUAAAGGUGUCAUGAGAAAAAUCCAGAUGUUAUUUUUUGUGUGAAAUAUACGAUCAUUCUCUGUUUUUUUA